UGGUGUUGUUGGUGUUGUGCCGUAGAAUACACGGCAUCGAGAGUUCAUUUCAUUUCUCAGUCGAAGUCAGCAAUCAAGCGUGACCAGAUUUAAUUCCAGCUCGUAUGCAUAAAUAUUUGGACAGCGCCGUGGAAGCAGCUCAUUUGUUAUCAUGGAGUUCUUUGCGACAGGCGAAUUCCAGCAGCUCUACAGCCAACUGGAUGACUCGACCAUGCCAAUGGUUGCUGGCGAUGGCGAUGGCGAUGGCGAUGGCGAUCUCUACGAUGCUUUUCCCCAACACCAACACCAAUAUCAACACCAACAGCAGCAGCCACAACAACUGUUGGAGCUGCCUUCGGCUAAUAAUCUGGAAUGUUGCUACGCAGAUGUUAACUUUGGCAAUGGCUAUGAGCCGGGCGGCAUGGAUUACUAUGGCAUCAUAACACUCGACAGCAACAACACUCACAAUCACAAUCACAAUCAACUCAACAACUGUGCGGAUGAUGCGCUGCUCUUUGACUUUAGCCACGAUCCGGAUGCAACGUUAGUGUCCAUUUCAUCAGCAUGUGUAUCUGCAUCUGCAUCUGCAUCUGCAUCGCCGCCAGAGCUCAGCGAUUGGGAGCAGCGACUGCUCGAUAAUUUUGUGGAAAUACCCGAACUAAUUGACAUACUUCCCGAGCGAACGCCGCUCUGCACAGACAUGUGCGACAGCUUCCUCCAGGAGAGCAACGACAAUCUGCGCCUGGCCACGCCCACUUCCCCAGCUGCGGAUACGCCUUCAUCGGCUGCCGCUGUGCCGCUGCAGCUCGGACAGAAUGCCGCCGGGGAGAAGGGAUAUCUGUGCACCUUUGGCAGCUGCGAGAAACUCUACGCCAAGCCCGCCCACCUCAAGGCCCAUCUCCGUCGACAUCUCGGCGAGAAGCCUUACGCCUGCAGUUGGCCCGACUGCAGUUGGCGCUUCUCCCGCUCCGAUGAAUUGGCCCGCCAUCGACGCUCGCACUCGGGUGUCAAGCCCUACAAGUGUGACUACUGCAACAAGUGUUUCGCCCGCUCCGAUCAUCUCACCAAGCAUCGCAAGGUUCACGAGCGCCGUCUCCUGGCUGUCACCAGAUCCGGCAAGCUCCUGCCCAACGGUUCGCUGCCCCAAAGUGUCUACGCCGUGCGUCCGGGUCGCAAGCGCAAGAAUCAGCUUUGACAACUCAUCCAAAAGUGUUAUUGAAUCUUGUUUUGUGCCUAAAUGUGUAAUGAAAAAGCGAGGCUGCAAAUGAAUUGAAGGUGAAUAAAAUAUAUGAAAUUAAAUUACAAUUUAAAGCUAACUAUGUAACUAGAUAAACAUUAUAAAGUAUUUGAUAAUUUAAACUUGUAAUGAAAACCACUAA